UCUUUGGCUCGGCGACGAGUGAUGUCCUAGCGCUCGUGUGUCAAGCGCUCGCCACUAGUGCACCAUACGGGGCAGUUAUCAGAACGGCACUGAACCAGGAAUAUGCUCAGAUAUUUAUUAUUGGCAUACAAGAGGCUCAUACCGCAAUUUGA